CGGUCUUCCUCACUGUUGCAGGACGCGCACAGUCUUAGGUAUUAAUGUCAGAUGGUUUUACUGGCGUGGAGCUUUGGCCUGGACACUGGAGCAGGGGGGAAUCAGGGUAAAACUUGUCCAAACAUUUUUUACAGUGUAGUCUCUGCUCAUGCGUGAUUUGACUCCAGCUCCACUCGGGACUGUGCACACGCAGAUGCUCGGAGAGUGUCCGUGUGCUGUCACUGAACUGUCUCUGUCAGUCUGUCAGCGUGUCUGCAGGGUGAACUCUCCAGGAAUAAGUCUAACCCAGUUUGGACAGCAGACUGUCUUUGGACCCUGUCGUUGAUCCGGACCCGCUCACAGUCAGUCUGAGGGGAUUCUUCUUCUCCUGCGGUAAAUCCUGCAGCUGUGAUGAGUGUGUGAGCAGCACCCUGAGCUGUCUCCAUCAUGGACACGAUAGGUGUCUCCUUCUUGGACCCUCUGGAUGAUUAUGAGCUGAUCCACAGGAUCGGGUGCGGCACCUACGGAGAUGUUUUCAAGGUGAGCGCCUGCGUUUCCUCGUGUUUUCAGCGCGCGAGGACGCGUUAAAUCAAACAAACACACACCGUGGGGUUGUUACUUCCUGUCAGAAAGGUGAAAGACAGUGUUUGUGUGUCUGUUUCAGAGUUUUUCUCAACCCAGGAUGUGUAUUUGAACAUUUUCAGGUCUUGUUUUCUUUCAUAGUUCAGUGUGAAGGAGAUGCUGCUGGUGUCUUUGUGUCACUAUGUAAUUUUAACCCUUUAAUCCCCAAAGAAACACCGUGAACACACAGGUAACCCACACAUAGCAUGGGACCUGCUGAGCUACAGGUUAGACACGGAUUCAGACAGAAAUAGAGAGUAAAAUUGACAUCAAAUCACAUUACAACUUCAUUUUAAGCUGCAGUAUUCAUAAAUUCCCUUUUUAAAUCUAACUAUCAGUGAAAUCAGCUGUUACAGGUCAAAUAAUCAGACAAAAUGAGUGUUUGUGGCUGAAUUAUGAAGAAAAACUCAAAUAAUUAUAAUUCCCUGGUGUGCUCAAACUGCAAUCAUUAUCAGUAUAAGACUAAUUUGUCUUCAGCUACAGUGUUUUCCCUGUCUUCUCUCUCAAUUUCGAUGGUUUUGUAUUUAAAACAAAAAAACACAAUGUUCCAGUAUUUUAUGAAAGGAAUCAAUGUAAUUGAAAGCAUAAAAGACUGUAGAAUGAGGCUAAUCUAAUGUUAAAUACUCUCAUAUCUAGACUAAAAUGCAAAUUUAGGAAUUCUGAAAAAAGCAGGGUUUAGUAUCUUUUUUUGUCUGUAAUUCAAAAAUGUUCAGUAUACUGUCAAAGAGGAAAAAAAAGAAAAUAUUCACGUCUUACAGGAACAUUUGCAAGUUUUUUCCUUAAAGUAAUGACUGAAGUUUAUUGCUUGAUUUUGUUUUAUUUUUGAAUCAUGCACAGGACUGGCACAUCCUUCAUGGGUUCACUCAUGUUGGUCUGAUCUUAUAGGAUCAGUCUUAUCCCACCUUUACACUAAGUCUUUGUAAACAGAGGAUAGUGUAGACCAGCAUUUUGUGAAGUUGCCAUAGAUGCACUUGUUUUAAAUUAGUGCUAUUCAAGUACUAAUGAUAAGAAUUAUACCAGAGAAACAGCUGCAGUUGUCCAAUAAUUCUGGAGCCAUUUUUAAACUUUCGAUUUCUACCUUUGUCCUUACAGGCUUAGAGAAAAUCAACUGAAAGAUUUAGUUCCUCUCUUUAAACAUAACUCAAGUUUUUCGAAAUUAUCCCACCAGAAAAAAAAGAUCAUCGUUUUUACUGAAAAGUCAAACUCUGAACUCACAGAGGAGACAGAAACAGGAAACGAAAAGUUGAAACAAAAACAAGUUUAAGCCAAAUCACAGAAAACAGCAACUCAUCAGGAGAGCUACAAAACAAAAUCUGUGUGUGUGUGUGUGCGUGCGUGCGUGUGUGCGUGCAUGCGUGUGUGUGUGUGUGUAUGUCUGUCGCUGGUUUCAGUGUCAGGAUGCAAACAUCCUGUGCUGCUUACCCGCCCGGUGCCUCGUGCAUCCUGCAGAAAGAAUUUGUAUUGUUUCUUUUUUUACUCACCAGCAGCCCCCAAGUCUAAGCUCACAUUUCACCCACUUACAUUUUAAAUUAAUACACAUUAAUUCUCAGAGUAAUAAUGACACAAGUGUUGAAUAUGAAGACUAGAUCCCACGUAUCUCUGUGUUAAAAGUCAUAGCUGCACAUGUUUGUAAGGCAGGUGCAGGUUGUAGAGGCUUGAAUACUCUGUGAUGGUGAAAAGUCAGAAAGUCAGUGUGCACAGUAACCAUGACGAUGCAGUUUCAGUCUCCUUAACUGCUGGACCUCCUGCCUUAGUUUGGACUUUAUAUCAUAAUAUCAGAUCACAGUUGUUUAUUCAGUCAGAUACCAGCAGACUUUCUGGACUAACGUCAGGAGACUUGAGGUCAGACUUGUGUCCUAGACUGUGAAUGUGUACAAAGGGCCUAUCAAACAGAGCCGCUACAGAUCCAUCUGCAGAGUAACAGACUCAGGAUAUUCUUCAAACACACUGAAAACCUUCAUUUGAUACAUCAGAAAGGUGGAUCAUCAAGUGCUGCAAACUCACUGAUCAUGUCUUUAAUUGCUCCGGCUUUAGGCUGUGUCUGUAAAUAGUUAAAAUUGUAAAUGUCCCUCCAAAGUGUAGAGAGAGGUGCAGAAAGGAUAGCAUUAAUUUACUAUCAUUAUUUUUAAUUGAUUUCAGUUAGGGUGGUGCUCUUGAUGUGAGCCUUUAAGCUCCUGAUUUUUCCUUUUUGCCUCUGACUCUGAGGUUCCUGUUUGCUCAUGUCUGAUGAAUAGUCUUAGUCAUGCAACAGUAAGACAGUUUAUGAUACAGGAUGAGUAUCAUGGAAACUUCAGACAUGUGUGAUCAUCCAGUGUUGGCUAACCUUGCUGUGUCCAACACUUUCAAAAACACCAUCAUAGACCUAAACUAUAACUCUCUGCUAUCCUUUUUGCACCUCUCUCUUGAAUCAGCACUGUCCUCUUUAUUGGUGCCAACAUUGCUUCAUUGUUCUUUAAUACAUCUUCACUGUGACAACAACUUUCAGGUGACUUUUGUGAUCAGCAUUAUCAUUUAUGGACUUUUUUCAGCUGGUUUCAUUGACUGUAUAAAUAUGGACAUUAUCUCUGACUGAACUGGACUCAUAGUUGAUCUAACCAGAGGAGGUGGAGUUUGAGGCGUGUCUCUAGCCUUCUUGCUAAGAGCUAGAGUGUGUUCACCCACUGAUCAAGCCAGCCACGUGUUUAGUUACACAAAACUUGUAACCCUAAUAUCUUUAAAUUUGAUUGAAAUUUAGACCAAGGCUGUAUGUUUAUUUUUGGUGUAAAACAGACUUUUUAAAUGGAUGUGUAUGUUGUUUCCAGUGUUAAGCAUCCUGCCUCUAGUGGACAUUUGAGGAACUGCACUUUUGACAGUUCCACAUCAGCCUUAUUUGUUGCACCUUUACACGUCCUUCUCCUUUUUCUCUGUAUGUAAUGAUAGAUGACAAACCUUUAUCGUCUGUGUGAUAACCUACAAACUCAUCAGUAAGUUAUUUAUUAAUAAUGAAGUAUUGUUAUUAAAGGCCAGUACUGUUUUGAAGCUGUUUACAAUCAGAGCUCCUGUGUGGCACAUAGGAACUGAUAGUUUUAGUUCAGGUUUUGAUGGUUUUGCUUCUUGAUGUGAAAUUGCUCUGCUGACAUUUGGAGAGGUUAACACUGACAGUGAUGGCGAACCUUAAGCCUCUCUCUGGCUGAUAUAUGUACUCAUCACUGCUGUAUCACAUGAGGACGUGUUUCUCUAAGUCUGCUGUAAAUGUGAACUGAGCUGCUAACAGUCACACACAAUGGCACAUUAUCUCUCCCACUGCUGCUGUUUGUGGGUUUGAGUCCAGGCUGGACCGCCGGUCAUGUGACUGUGUGGGCUUUAAGGACUCUCCUCACACAGCCCUCAUUCAGAGACACUCCUCCUAUUGGCCCUGAUCUUUGACCUUCUGAGGAUUCGACCGGUCCCAGCCGGUCCAAGAAAAGACAGAUUCUGUUCCAAGGCGGUCUCACACUGCAGUCUGAUGAUGUCAGGGAAAUCCAGAUGGAUUUGCAGUCAAUAAAAACGAGCAACAUUGGUGUCUCCAUCCCAUUUACUUCAUCACAUUUUCUCCAUCACGUUUUCUCUAUCACAUUAUUUCCAUUACUUUAUCUCCAUCAUGUUUUUUCCAUCUCGUUUUGUCAGUCAUGUUUUCUCCAUCUUUUUCACCAUCACGUUUUCUCCAUCAUGGUUUUCCCAUCUUUUCAAUCAUGGUUUUUCCUUCUUGUUUUCUCCAUCACUUUUUCUUCAUCAUAGUUUUUCCAUCUUUUCCAUCAUGGUUUUUCCUUCGUUUUCUCCAUCACGUUUUCUCCAUCAUGGUUUUUCCUUCUCGUUUUCUCCAUCAUGGUUUUCCUUCUCGUUUUCUCCAUCAUGGUUUUCCUUCUCGUUUUCUCCAUCACAUUUUCUCCAUCAUGGUUUUCCUUCUUGUUUUCUCCAUCACGUUUUCUCCAUCACGUUUUCUCCAUCAUGGUUUUGCCAUCUCGUUUUCCUUAUCAUGGUUUUUCCUUCUCCUUUUCUCAGUCAUGUUUUCUCCGUCAUGGUUUUUCCUUCUCGUUUUCUUCAUCAUGUUUUCUCACAUCGUGUUCUCUCAGCUCUCUAACUGUCAGUGUUGAAAGAUUUCUCCUCCUGAAGUCAAACCUAGGAGCCAUUCACUUAGUUUUCCCCACCUGAAGCCCACACUUGAUUGGAGGUUUUCAUGUUUUCUCCACCUUUUACAGCACUGAGUUGAAUUUUCACCCUCUGACAUAGACGGUGUCCUGGGGGCAUGCUAGCAUGUUUCCUCCACUAUUAGAUCUGCUGAGGAUGAACUUUCCCUGCUCCUCUCUGUAAAGAGCUGUAGAGGUCUCAGUAUAAACAGUAAUUUGAAAUUAGAGUCUGACUCGGUGGCCCUUUAAAUGAUGAGUCACAGGUUUAGCCUCCUCGUGUGGUUUUAAGCAGAGACACAGAGCUGAUUAUAAAAUGUCUGAGUUUCAACUUAUUUAUGCAAAGCCUGACAGAAGUCAGAGAGACCUGAAGGUUAAAAACAGAUUAUGAAUCACAGAAAAAUCACAGCGUGUUCAUACUACUGCUCAGAUUUACUUGUUUCCUCUGCAGUAGAGCUGCAGAAAUAAAGACAAGGAUGUGAGAUGUUUACACAAAGAAUCACAGGUGUUAUAGAGGUGUAAGUACUGCACUAAUAUUUGGAAAUAUUUUAUUUAUAUCAUGGGCUAAACAGACCAGGUGGAGGUGAAACUAUGUUUGUAUAUUUCAUUUAUGCAUAUGUUUAUUUCUAAAUUUGUCCCUCCUGUUGCUUUAACCUCUCGAUACAGUAAUCCCUUCACAAAAUAAGAUAUUUAUCCAAAUCCUGACUGUGGACUUAUUAGAAUUUCAUUUCUGUGCGUAGUAUUAGUAUAAAAAUACCCAAAUAACUCUAUCAGAUACUAACCUGAAGUAUACGUUAUAGUUAGAAGGGCAUGUCUACAACGAUCAGGCUGAUUUUUGUAUGAAAUCUUCAUGAAUCUCAAAAUUUUCUUCAACUGAUGAAGGAAAAUAACUUUUUGUUUACUUUUUAACACGUCCUGAUGUACAGCGGUUGUGCAAACUGCAACUCAUGGAGUUUGAGGCCCUGUAAUGGGGUCUGUUUUGGUUCUCUUUAAGGUGGAUUGUUUUAUCACCUGAUUCUGAUGAAACUAAACCAGAUACAGGUGUGAAAUCACCCUAAAAGAUCCAGUUUGAAAUGGAUUAAAGCAGAGCUGUUUUUAGAUCUCCUAAAUCCUUGGACAGAAACCUUUAUGCUCCUGAUGUUUUAUGUGUUUUUGAUUUCCUGCAGUCGAACAGUAAAUCAUAGUGGAAUAGAAUAAUAACAUCUCUCUGUAUCGUAUCAGCAGACAGAUGUUUGAGGCUGUUUUCAGUCUGUGGUUUUAAAUUGACUUUCUUAUCUUUAAAUUAGCUCUAAAUCUCAUCUGGCUCUGAUUAAAUUGGGGUCUGAGGGUCUGUUAUGAAUCCCAUUAGAGGUCUGCUGUUUAUUCGGAUGUCUGGAUGCUUUUGGAUCUGAUUCAUAAAAAUCCUGAAUGUUGUUCUUUGUUUUCUGCCUCCCCUGAGGAUCCCUCCUUCUCCCCCUUAUUUCCUCUUUUUGUUGCAGCGCUGUCUGAUCCUCGGGGUUACACAUUUUUCUUCUGUACUGAUUAUGUAUUAGCAGGAUUAGUCAAGCUUUUAUUAGAAAUACUGACAGACAGCAUCACAGUGCACCCAGUCCUGCAGGACUGUAGACCUUAAAUAUGGCUCUGGAGUCUCUACAGUGAGCUUUAGAGACUCAAACUGUUUCUGUUCCAGGCUCUAAACAUGUUCAUUUCUGCUGUUAAGUUUUAACAUGGAGUUCUACGGGGACUGACUCACUGCAUUACACAGCCUCUAGAGGACAAAAGAGAAACUGCAUUUUUUUUAAAACUUACACAUGUCGGCUUCAUUUUUCCCAGUGACAAUUGCUCCAUCAUGAGUUAAAGCAAAAUCAAGAAAAUCAGCAAGGGCCUGUGCCCACCAACUAAUUUUUGAAAUGGCACUUCUCACCAGGACAACUGUUGCUAGGUUACAAGAGUUGUCUCACAUCAAUUCGGCCUCCUUCUGUAAGGAAAUAAGCAACAAAUAGGUAUUCUAUCAUCAGCAGCAGCUCUAAGCCUGGAAACUGUGUUGUUGAAAGAUAAAUCAUGUGUUUUCAUUUGCAAAGUUCGUAUCCAAAGCUCCUCCCCUUCUUAGUCUUAAUUGGUCAUCUGUAAUUGGUCUUAAUUAGUCAAGUGCUGUCUGAAGAGUUGAACAGUUUUUGAUAACGAGGGUGUGUUUGUGCCGAAGUCACUCAGCUGACAACACUUGACUGCAUUGGUUUUAAAGUAGGCAGGUUUAAACUUCCUUCUUUUUUUGUUUGGAGGCCCUAGUGGACACAGGCCCUUACAUUACCCACCUGCACAUUCGUAACCCCACCUGCCACUCUGUACUUCUCUGUAACAUGUUUAAAUGUUUUUUCUUCAUUUCUUUUUUCUACAAUCAGCGGAGAAAAUGUUGUAAGAUGCCAAAAGCUCUCUGUGUGCCGUUUCCUUCUUGUUUUGUCUUUGCUCUGUUCUGGGAAAGCCCAGGUGUGUUUAAUGUGACAGGUUUUAUUAAUGUUGACCUCAGAGAGGCCCCUUCCUGACUCAGAGAAACCCCCUCCUGACUCUGCAGGUUCUCUCAGCAUUUUAGCAUCUUUCAGCUCUUUGUUUUGGUCCCAUGGUCGUCUCUGUAAUCUCACUUAAACAAGCUGUUUUCAUUGUCUUUGUUCAGUUUAAAUUCACCAUUCAUCCCUGUGCGUUACAUCUGUGUCCAAUAGGAAACGAGAGGGGGGGGGCGGGUUUAUAAUGUGGGGUUACAGUUUGAAUAAAGACCUGGUUUGAUCAGUGUGCAGCACAGUUUCCUCUUCCUUCCUUCAUUAUGUAACCCUGACGUGAGCUGUUAUUUCAGGCUCCACUGCGUUAAAAACUCUCAGAGACGUUACUAUCAGUGAGAGAAAAAAAAGUUACUAUUAGUGAGUCACAGGAAGCACUGCGGUAGAACAGGAAGGAAAACAGGAAGUGAGUGCAGAGAGCUGCAGGUUGGAUGCUGGGUUUGUUUUAGGCACUCGGGGUGAAAAUCAGAUGCUCUGACGUCAGAGCGGCGAUGAAUGGAGAUGAGUGAUGAUCUCAGGAAGAGUUCAGGAAGUGAAAAACAGAAUAUACCAGCUCAGAAACAAGAAUCAGCAUCACCUCUGACCUCUGACCUCUGAUGGACUGUUCUGGAAAGACAAGGUCAUUGGUCAAUCCUGGGAAUAAAGAUGACAGCUGGACCUGUUUGAGUUUAUCUAGACUUCUCUAAAACUGAACUUAGAGAGUCAACAGGUCUAAAAAUAAAGCUCUGAUCUGGACUCGUACAGAUUUAACUCUGAGAGAAAAAAGUGUGACCUUUUAUUUUACUGUUUGUUGGUUUGAAAGAAGAAGAAAUCUCAGGCGUAAUAAUAAAACUGAAAUGAUAACGAAGCACUUUGAAAACGAAUAGACACAGAAAUAAAAGUUCAACAAGAUUGAAAUGACAGUCAUCAGAAUUUAUAACUCCAGAAGAGCAGUAGGUUUGCAAGAACAGUCAACAGGAGUUAAUUAAAAUGAAUUAAAUAAGAUCAAAUCUAGACCUUUAGUUAUCCUGGAAAAACCAGGAGCUUAAAAGUUAUUAAAAUAAGUUCAACUCGGUUAAAUACUCAGACUCAACCAAAGUGCAAUUUUAAAAAUUACUUUUUAAACAAGAUUUUUGGAAAUAAAGAAGGUAUGAAUUAGGGUGACCAAAAAGAAGACACGACUAUGCGGAGGCAGAGUCACAGAGUCGCGCAAAGUUAAUUUUGAGAGUUUUUUGGGUUGAGUGUUUUUUACGCACUUCUAACUCAGUGUGUCCACGCGACACAAACUCAAAACUUCCAUACAAAACACCGGACACUUGAAGGAUUUUAUAAGCUCCCCUGGACAAGGCCGGACAGGCCCAGAAAAAGAGGAUAUGUCCAAGUAAAAGAGGACGUAUGGUCACCCUAUAUAAAUCAGAAAAAUUAAUCAAACUUUCAUACAGUUUAAUAAUAGUAAAUAAUAAUAAAUUUUAUUUGUAGUGCCCUUUACAUCAAAAGACCUCAAAGGGCUACAUAUCAUUUCUACAUCUGCCUUUCCACAGUAACAUCCAGAGAGCUGGGGCUUCUGACUCUGAUCCUUUUAAAUAAUAGAGCUGAAUUAUAAUGGGACCCAGACCUUCAUUAAACUUUAACUUUAUACUCAGACUGAUUCUGUUAUCAGUCUGUCUGACUCUGACUCGCCAGCUUUUGUCUGACCCUCCAGUCUCAGAGAUUUCUCUCUGCUCUGGAAUCAAUAGGAGGUUAAAUCGGAGGUCAAGUAGAAGGUUAAACUGAUUAUACAUCUGUCAUCAUCCUGAUAAAACUCUGAGCUGCUGGGUGUUUGCCCAGGUUUGUUGUCUUGAUGGAGCAGGUGGCAAAGCUCCAAACUGGGUUUUAUGUUUUCAGGUCCGAUUAUAGGAUGAUAUUUUAUUUGAUAUCUCAAACAUCAUAGCCUUUUAAUGAAAGGAUAUCUGUCUAUAAUCAUCUAAAAUGCAGUCAGGGAGGGUUUAAAAGCUUUUAUUCCUGCACAGAUUUAUUGUUUGAGUUUUAGAAAUGGACAAAAGCUGUUAAACGUGAACAAGAUCACAUCUCUGAAGUCUCCCACUGGAUGUUUAUAGAUACUUGUCACAUUUUCAUCAGGGUACAGAGGACCCUGUUAGGUGUAAUUGUGCAGCUGCAUCUGAAUAGAAUAACUUCUAGAGAAGGUAGGGAAAGGGUGAGACUAUUUCAAACAUCCUAAAUACAUGGUGCUAAGUGAAGUACAGGGCGUAGACAGGCUAGAUUAAAACCCUGGGUUACUCAUCAAAGGUGUGUUUUAACAUAAUAUGAGUAAAACUCAUGUAUCUGUUCUCAUUCUUUGUAAGGAGUAACCUGAAGACAGACAUGUAUUAACACAGCAAAUUCAGCCUUUCUGCUUAAAUAAACCAGCUUUAAGUCAGAUCAUUGAACUCAUCUUACUUGGGCCCAAAAACACAAACACACAGGUCAAUGUAAUGUUGAUUAUGUUAUACAAUCACAUAUUAUUUCAUACUGUCUCUGCACACAGGAGGAUGUUUUGCUUUGUGAAGUUGAGACUGUAGUUUUUAGUCUGUGCAGGGCUGAGGUGAAGCAAGUGUGUGAAAAUAUAAGGAUGAUGGUGUCCUUGUCCUCUGGCAUCCAGAUCAGCCCCAUACAGAGAGAAACAAUAUGAUGUGUGAAGAAGGGGGUGUUAAGUUGCUUUCCUAGGCCUUUAAACUGAGGAGAGUGUCUGGCAGAAAACAACAAUGACACUUGUGCUUCACACCAGAAUAUUGACAAAGUUAGACUCAUACCGCAGGAAAUUUCUUUACACUUUUGGGACUCUGCUCGUUCACAUGUCCUUUACAUUGCUAAGUUCACCUUACUUUCAUUUUUUAUUAUUCAUUGCCUCCACUUUUGCUCUUAUGCUUGUAAAAAUUUUUUAUGAGUUUUCCUACUAUUUCCUGCUUUUUUCUCCCAUAAACUCAGUCUGACUUGCUGCAGAAAUUUUGCUCUGUGGAGGUCUGAAAAACUCCAGGCAAAUUCAGAUCAAAAAUCUUAGGCUAUUUGCAUUUACACAUGCUGCUCACCCUGAAAUUUUCCCUUUUUCAGUAAUUUUGAUCUUGUGUCAAUAUGAUUUAAGAGGAGGAUUUUACGCACAGAUUCAGCAGGAAAUGUUUCUGACUUUAGAUUAAAUUUAAAAACAGUUUUGAUUCUAAAAAGUGUUUUUAUUUUUUUCCCUCUGAAACCGUUCCUUAUUUACGACAGAGUAUUAGGGCCACAUUAAGAAAAAAAAUUACGAUUUCAGGAUUAAAGUUGUUAAUUUAUGAGAAUAAAGUCAUUAAUUAUGAGAAUAAAGUCAUAAUAAAAUCAUUAUGGUACUUGUGAUAAUGUGGUGCUGAUGUGCCAAACGAUAAAGUAUCUCCUUGUUUGAGAAACCUAUAUUGAUGUACAUUUUUACAAAAUACUUCAUGGCUCUCAUUUCAACAACUGUCAUCUUAAACAACAGGUUAGAAUAUAAGGACUUUACAACGACUUUAUUCUCAUUAGUUAACGACCUUAAGCUCGAAGUCUUCUUCUUCUUAUUAUUAUUAUUUCGAUGUGGCCCUAAUGCUCCAUUGUACAUAAUAACUUCAUCUAUACCUGAUAUAAUUCAGACUGUGACAAUUACUGCUUUAACCCAUAAUGUUGCAGCAGGUCAAUAAAGUCAGUGCCUGUUUCCACCUGAUAUUUACAGGUGAAUCUGUUCCUACCUCUACCAUUUCAUGGUAUUCAUGAGAAUUAGGCAGGGCUAGAUAAGAUAAGAAUGAUAAGAAGAUAAGAACUUUAUCUAUCCCCAAAGGGAAAUUCAAGAGGACAUAUCUUAAGAGGAUUAGCCUCUGAUAGUGUUUGAGUUUUGCACAGGAAACAUGUCAUUGUUUCUGCAGCUACCUGUAGCUUUCCUUUCUCACCUGCAGCCUGCAUGAUUGAGCAGGAAGGAUUAUUCCUCUCUAAAGAAUGGGGUCAGGCCGGACGGAUUACCUCAGCAGAUCAUAUCUAAUCCACUCUGUGAGCAUCUCUGCAUUUUAAAGGAAAUUAAACACUCAUCUAGAUUUGACUACGGAGUCGUUUUAGAGCAAAAGUCAAUAUAUUUAAUGAUUUUAGUAGAAAUAGCUUCAUGUCCAGAAUUUUUCUGUCUGUUUGAUUUACUUCUAGAUAGUUUGUAACUUUUUAUUCAGACUUGUCAUCUGCUGUCACUGAAUGCAGGAUUAUCAAGGUGGUUUUAUUUGAGCAGAGAUGUUUGAAAGUGUUUCAUAUCUCAUCGCUGACCUGAUGAGCCCUUUAAAAACACAGAGGAGGUCUGGACCAACAUGUGUCUCCCACAUUUUUCUGGAAUUUUCUUCCGUGCAGGUCAUAGAGAGAACAUGAUGGACAGGUUUCAGAUUUGGACCAAAACAGUCUGUAACUCAAACCCUGUGGUAUUUAAAUCUGACAGUGAAACAACAGUUCCUCUUAAUGCGAGCUCUUUUCUGCACGUUAUCUCUCAGUAAAGUAAAGUGAUGUAACUUAAACUGGGUCGAGUCUUACACAUGUGAAUGUGGUUUUGAAGUGUAUUUUAUUGGAGCGUAGAAAAGCAGAAAAACAACUUUAGAAAGUUGCUCACUGUUGAUGGUAAAAAUAUAUCUGUAAUGUUUAUUUAUCGUAUAAUUUUCUCUCUUUCAGGCUCGUAACAUCCGGACGUCUGAACUGGCAGCUAUCAAGAUUGUCAAGCUUGACCCGGGUACGUUAAAAGCUUUAACUUCACACAUGCUCACAGAUGCUGUUUCUUUAUUAUCAGACUUUUUAUAAUGUCAAAUAUAAAAUCAGCUUUUACGCAAACUCAUUUGCAGUCAGCCAAAAGAGGAGAUCUGAUCAUGAUAUUAGAAUUUGUCAUUCUGUGAAGGAAGUAGUUCACACCUACUCACACAUGUGAGUUCCUACCUUCAGGAACCAACAGACCAGCAAAGAUCAGGUUUUUAUGUAAAUAAGUGAAGAAAGAAAGUCUCAGCUGUUUUAACUCUUUAAUGAACCCUGAACUUUACCUGGACUUAGAGAAGCACAAUGUAAUGCUGGAAUGAUUAUCAAUUUUAACAUCCUUAGUAGGUUUCAUUCAGGUAUUUUAGCAGAUAGGUAGGUUUGCAGGAAGAUAGCCCUUAAGUUGGCAGGGCAGUAGGUCUUUAUGCAGGUGUGAUAGGUAGGUUGUAGGUAUAAAGUAUAUAGGUGAGUAGAUGGAUUGGUUAGUGAGGAGAGGUGUGUAAGUUUGAGGGUCGGCAGUUGGGAGGAAGGCGUGCAGGUGGGUCAAUGUAAAGACAGGUAUGAAGGUAGUAUGUUUUUCAGGGGUAGGAAGGCAGGCAGGCAGGUGUGCAUGUAGGUAUGAGGAAAUGUGGCUUGGUAGGAAGUAGAUCAACUACUACUGUGGUCAUGCUGAAGUUUCAACCCCACAUGUGAGCACCCGCAAGAACAUUUUGGGGUAUGUAUUUAUUAACAAAAACACAUAAUAUGGUUUUUAACUACUAUAUCAACUCGAUUUUGAUGGACACUCUCACACUCACACUUGCCCCAUGUGUUGGAAAUUAAAGUAUAUACAGUAGGUAGGCUAAAUGAAAGGGGAAAUAUUCAAGACUGACACAGGUCGAUGCGCACACACGGUUAUGUAACCGGCUCUGUGGUCAGUCAAAUGACACAAUCACAUGCCUACAAAGUUACCAACAACAUGUUCGAAGUGAGGAUUCAAACAAGCCAGUUAUGCGCAAAGCUGCUUCACUGACAGCAUUUUUGCCAUUCAAAAUGCUCAUCUACAGUAAACACAGCACUAACUGUAGGCAGGGAUUUAAGACCAAAGCACCAGAACUUAGUUAUUGUACAAUUGAACACACUGACAGAGUAAUAUUUUAACGAUUUUUAUUGAAGGGCUUGGGCAUGCGCUGUAUUUACAGCUUAUUAUGACCUAUAGGUACCAAUAAGGGGAGCAGGUGUUUUAAUAAGGAGGUUAGUUGCUAGUUAGGAAGGUCAACAGGGAGGUAGGUAGGUCGACAGGUGAGUAGAUUAGUUUUCAGGUUGAUUAGAUCUGGUAGGUAGGCUGGCAAACAUAUAGGUUGGUAGGGAUGUUGGUUGGAAGGUUGUCGGGUUUGUAGGUCUGCAGGUAGAUUUGUCAGCAGAAUUUUAGAGAGGCUAGUUGGUGAAAAAGGUUAGCUAGUAGUUUAAAUGGUGAGUAGGUAAGCAGGCAGGAAGUAGUGUAGGUUGUAGGUUUGUUGGUAGGUUGUAGGUAAAUGUAAAUAACAAUAAGUGUGUAUGUAGGAUAGUUGAUUGGUAGGAAGGUUGGACAGAAAAGUUGUGAUAAAAAUUGUGACAGUAUUUUUAUGUGAUCAUUUUUUCAUCAGUCCAGACUUCCUUUAAUCCAGACCCAGUUUGAUUCAGUUUUUACUGAUGGACCUGCAGAGACUGUUUUUUCUGUUUGAUGAAGUGAAACUCAGACCUGAAAUCCUCACAGUCAGUCUGAGCUGGAUCUCUACUGCUCUGUAAUUUACUGUGAACCCAGAGCUGCUGUCAGCCCAAACACCCUAACACUGUCUGUCUGUGUGUGUUUAGGCGACGACAUCACAUCCAUCCAGCAGGAGAUUACUAUGAUGAAGGAGUGCAAACACAAAAACAUUGUGGCGUACUUCGGCAGCUACCACAGGUGAGCUCACGUCUGUGUUCAGGUGUGAGGGAGUCCUGGAGCUGCUGGUGGACUAAAAUGUUAGAUAUCUGACUUUGAUUUCCCCAAACUGCUGCUGGAUUCCUCUCCCACCCUCUGCAGCUUUAGACAGAGAUGCUGAGCGUGUCUGUAGGCGGCAGAAUAUCAGGGAGGGUUUCCUCCUGAUAAUGAAAGAUUUCAAACCUCUGUGUCUCUGCAGGAACACCAAACUCUGGAUCUGUAUGGAGUACUGUGGAGGAGGGUCACUGCAGGACAUGUACCACGGUAUAUAAAGACCAGGAAAUUAUCAUUUAAAGCCUGUGAUUACCGGGAAAUGGUGCAACAUUGACAUCUCAGUGUUGAAACUACAAAGUUUUAUUGUUUAAUGGCAGCGAAAAGUUUCUAAAAAGUUAAUAUAGGAACAAGGACUUGUCCCCUAUUGAAAAUAUUUACUCACCAAAUAAUGAUCAUGACUUUUAGGCAAGAAUGAGACAACAUUUCACUUUCAGACUCCAGAACCUGGUCUCCUAGGUUCACUAAGGUCUACAGAUGGUUGGUGAAAGAAGAGCUGAGGACACACGAAGAAAAACAUGAACCUGGAACUACUUUUUACAAACAUGUUUUUGCAUCAGAUUUAAAAUGCGCAGAUAGUUUUUUCAUUAAUAACAAUAAGGUUUGGAGUUGUUUUGAAAAAUCUCCUCUGAGCUUCUCAAGCACAUGCUGAGCUUCCUGUAGAUGCACCGAGAUUAGAUUAAAACCUUCUUCAUCUGCCUGUGGGCCAGUUAGCAGACAGGUUUCCCACACAGCUGUAAUCACCUCCUUCACUCUGAAACAUUAGUGUAAUCACUGUGAGACAGGCACAAUGACCUCUGAAAACCCAUUUCGGAUCUAUUUUUAGGACCUCUGCUGCAGGCUCUGAGUUUUUCCUCCUCUUCUAAAGUCUGAGAGUUAUUAAUCAAACUGUUGUUCACAGUGACGGGCCCGCUGAAAGAGAAACAGAUUGCGUACGUGUGCAGAGAAACCCUCCAGGUGAGUUUUAUGAAAGGAACAGCAGCUUGUUUUGUUGUGAAAUCUCUGAGGAUCCUCCACUGACAAACUGAGUCAUGUGUUUUUCCAGCCUGCAGAGGAGCUAAAUAGUAUUUAACCUCGCCAGACCACUAAAUAUACAGUACUGUAAAUGCUGCUGCUGCAAAACACAGUCCAAGGAGAACAAAGCAGGCGGUCUUUAUUUAGUUAGAGAGUGACCUUUUCUUUCUAGGUAAUCAGGUUUGAAGACAACGAGCAAAUCUGACUUCGAGUUUAAGAGAAAGAAAAACACAGAUCCACAUAUUGACCAACAGCCAGCCUCUUCCUCGACUUAUUUUACAUUUAAUUAAUGCUUCAUUGAUUUAUUUAAGUAGUCUGCACAAAAUGAAUCUGAAUGUCACUUUUUUUAGGGUUUGUAUCACCUGCAUGAAACUGGGAAAAUGCACAGAGACAUAAAGGUACAGCAGGUUUUCCUUCAGCCUUUAUUACUGCCAAAGAAUAAUUCAGUCACUAAACAAGGUUUAAAUUUGUUGCAUGUGUUUCUCUCCAGGGAGCAAACAUCCUCCUGACAGAGAGAGGAGAUGUUAAACUGGGUCAGUGGUGAUCUGUUAAAGUCAGAAACAUUAUUUCAGUUCAUCGUCUACCGCCUCAUUCUGACUUUCUUUGUCUCUCUGCCUCUUUCUUUUCCACGCAGCUGAUUUUGGAGUUGCAGCAGAAAUCAGCGCCUCUGUUGCCAAAAGGAAAUCUUUUAUUGGAACUCCUUACUGGUGAGUUGAAAUAAGGGAUUUCUGCGUCUGUUUUAAGGCCAUGUGAAUGUUUCUGCAUACUGACUGAUGAAAAAGGCUGGAUUUUCAUAUCUACUGAUCUACUGAUUUUGUGUCACAUUUAUUGAAGGAGUGCCUCAGGGGUCAGUGUUGGGACCAUAGAUGUUAUUCUUUUUAAAGAUAAACCAACUGACAUGUUUCUGUCCAUUGUCCUGUGCUGCUUGGACCAAGCUCAUUUAUAGUGACAAACUGCUUUUAAUGCUGUUUGUCUUUUUUAUGAUUUAACUCUUAAUUAGGGCUGGGCGAUAAACCGAAAAUUUACAGAUGCCGAAAUUUUAUGACAAUAACCGAUGUCAUUUUGCCCAUGUUGGUAUAUUCAGUGUAAAAUAAAUAAAUAGAUAAAAGUUGGUUUUGGAUGUGUGUAGGUAGGCUAUGGUCUCAUGUCCCUUUAAGACGCUGUCCUACGUCAGAGAUGUGACUUCCACCCAUCCAGUCUGUAACAAAAAGACAAGUGAGGAGAUGGAGGACGGUUCAAAAGUUGGAGCGGCAGCAGAAGUAAACGAAGUUAAUGUGGGAGGGGGUGAGCAGCUUGUGGAGUAGCUAUCGUCCAUUUAUUGUUAUUGAAGUGAACUGCUCAAUGUAUCGUGAUCUUGUUAGUCUCUCAGUAAAGUUAUCACUUGGAAUAUCAUGAGUACUGGAGUUCAUAGAUGAUGUAAAACAUAAAAAGUGAAUCAUGCUCCAUUUGUUAAUAACGAGUGGCUCCAGUAGGGUACCCUGAGGAAUGCCAACAAAAACAAUCCCAUUGUUAUCUGGUUGCUGAAACGUUUUUAUGUGUCUAAGUGGGUAAUAAAGGAGGGUCAUAUCCACUGCUUCCUCUCCUCAUCCUCCUCAUCCUCUUGUGUCCUCUCUUUGUCCUUCCAGGAUGGCUCCUGAGGUGGCUGCAGUGGAAAAAAAGGGCGGCUACAACCACCUGUGUGAUAUCUGGGCUGUCGGCAUCACGGCCAUCGAGCUGGCUGAGCUCCAACCGCCCAUGUUCGACCUCCACCCCAUGAGGUCAGUCUGCAGCGCCGACAGAUUCAGUGAAGAGACUUUUGAUCCAACAUUUCAGCCGCCUGCUCUGCUUUUUUACUUUUCAUUAUUUGUCCAUGGGGGGUUUCAAUUUAUUCGUUGUUUUUUUAUCACCCAGUAUUUUAAGUUUUUCUCAGUUUUAUUCAAACGCUGUUGUUUAUCUCACUGAUGGUUUUUAGAAAGUGCAGAGCAAACAAGCUUUAGUAUCUUGUUUAUCCUGCUUCUUUGCAUCUUUUCCACCUCUGUGUUUCAGAGCGCUGAUGCUGAUGUCAAAGAGCAACUUCCAGCCUCCACGACUAAAGGAUAAAUCCAAGUGGUGAGUUAAACCUCCUGAUUCUGUUUUUUUCCUUUAAUCUCAUUCAAAACUUUAAUAGUAAGUUAUUAUCUUCUCUUCGCAGGUCAGCAGGUUUCCAGAGCUUUGUGAAGAUGGCUCUCAUUAAAAGCCCUCGUAAAAGGCCGUCAGCUGAGACUCUGCUGCAGGUGAGUUUGCUCAUUAUAGCUGCUCAUUAAUGACCCACCGUUAACCCUCCAUCUGUCUUCUUACUCGCCUCAUCACACAUUCACUAUUCAUAAACACAUGAAGUCCUAUUUUUAACUGUUUCCAGAGGAGCUGAACUCUUUUUGACCAGCUGCUUCACAUUCAUAAAGACGAUAAAAAUGUGUGAGCAGAAUAAAAUUUGUCAUUUGUUUGUGUUGUUUGAUAUGUCAGAGUGUUCAGAGCUGUAAAUCAAUCAGAUAAAAACACAGACGAGGUCAGAUCACAGGGCCGCGCUGCUGUUUUUGUUUUUCUCAUGCCAAUCAAGAUCAAAUAUCCGUAAAUCUCUGCUGAACAAAAAGCACUUUGAUGUAAUGCAACAGGUGCAUCACACAGGAAAGAGGGAUCAUAUUUAGACAGUGUGCAAACAACAGUUUUCUCUUAUUUUGUCAUAUGCAGUGCAUCACUGUAACACCCAGCUCACAUGUUCUAAUGAAUUUGCUCCCACACGAGCACCAGUGGGCGUAUUUGUCUUCAAAUGGGGAGUGGUCAGGCAUAAAGGUGGCAUGCAGAAAGCUGCGUGCUAUGAUAUUUAGAGGACAAAUUAGCAGGACAGUAAGACCAUUUCAGUCGGUCUUACAUAACAGUCUUUGGGAGACCAUGGAACAGUGCCUGUGUUUUUAAUUAUGUUUCUGGAGGUCAUUUCUCCUUCUUUAUUAUUAUUAUUGUGACAUGUGCUGCUGACCUCAAGGCUAGGUCACCCUUGAAAAAUAGAUCUCGAUUUCAGUGGGUUUCUUUCCUGAUUAAAUAAAGGUUAAAUCAAAACCUGAGUAAGAGUUGCCAGUGUUCAUUCCUCUGCUUUUUAAACAUUAUCAGAGAAGCACUGCUGUUCUUGAACUCAGAGGGAACGCUCUUUUUCUCAAACAGUGAAAUUAAGUCUCUAUUGGGACAGCGGGUUUGGAGACUCGUGUAUAUCUUCUUACCUUUAUACACCAUCAUACAGUUUGAAGUUGGUCUCGGGAUGCCAGAAGACGAGGACACCCUCAUUACUAUCUCCUCACACACUUGCUUCACCUCAGUCCUGUACAGACCAAAAACUACCAAAAAGCUCUCCAUCAUAGUCACUCUCAAAAACCUGCAGAAACAAACACACUGACAUGCAACUAAAAGUUUUAUUUUUUUCAAUUCUCACACAUAACUGUCAAGUAUAAAUGCCACUGACCAUCACGCCCUCAGACAAAGAAGGAAAGUGAGCAGCGGGGAGUGUGGUCCAGCAGAAAUAAGUAAAGAUCACAGCCUAUCUUUGUGGGUGAGAGGUUGAGAAGACUGUUUAACACUUUAAAUAUUUGAAAAGGUUCCCAUUGCUGUGUCUUGUCUGUAAAUUCUCCCAUCUCUGUCAAUUUGAAAAGUCCCUGAUGGUUUCUGCUGUUUGGUGGGAUGGCUUCAGUGGAUUUAUUACUAAUAUGUGCUUUAACAGAACUGAUACAGCGACAGUAGAAGGAGGUUAAAUACGCCAGUUCAAGUAGGCUGAAAUGUGCUGUGUAAAUAGUAACACCCCACUCUUACAUGGAUUAGGACCAGACACACUGAUAGGUUGCAGUUAUGUGACACCCAAAAUACUAGGAUGAAUGAUUAGAGGACUUAAUCCAUGUCUCUCUUAGCACUCAGAUUUUGCCCCGCUGAACCAGCAAAAAAGAGCCGCCAAACAUGCCUUAGUUAAGUCUGUGGUUGCACUUCAUACUGUGGGUUCUGGAUCAGGAAAACAGGGCUCUGUUUUUGUUUUAUCAGACAUAUCACUUUAUUUUCCAUUGGAACAGACAAUCUUUUUUCUUUUGUUAAUUAGACAAAAAACAUUGCAGUGCAUUGAAAAGUUAAGGAAGUAGUUUGUUUAUUGCUAAUGCUAAUUAAACAAGAACUCUCAAAAGUUCAGCGUCACUCCCAGAGGCUCAUGUCGUCCUCAGCUGAUUGCUGUCAAAUGAGAACUCCCAAAUGCACCAGUUCAAAGAUGCAAGCAGUGAUUCACAGGUCUGCAGCAAGCCUACCAGCGUUUAAAUAAAUAAAGAGUGCAGAUUUUCUGUUUUAUUUGUUUCUUUGUUUGUUUUGUGUUGCUCAUGAUCUGAAAAUUGUUCCUCCAGCAUCCAUUUGUGACUCAGCUGCUGACCCGUAACCUCAUCAUCGAGCUGCUGGACAUGGCCAACAACCCCGAGCUCCACAGUGCGCACACUCACAGCAUGGAUGACAUGGAGCUGGAGGUCAGUGAUACUCAAAGGGACGAACGCUGGCUCUGUAGACUCUGUCAGAUUCUGUGUUUUUCUUGGCGUGUCGUAUAAAUGCGAUGUGUCGACAGGUUGGGGAAAUUGGUCCAGACAAGAUCCAGUCAGCAGGGAAACACCUGCCAGCAGAGAGGACGCUGUCUGAAGAACAAUGUGAGCAAACACACACACAAACAUGGACACACGCUCUGACAUUUGGGGAAAAUGUAGUCGUCUUGGUGAGUCUGAACAUGUCCUGGAGCAGUCUGUGUACUCGCUGCUCAGAGAUGAGACAGAUACAGGCUUAGGGAAAACACUUCUGCUGCUUCUUUUUAUGCACAAACGCAGCUUGUUGUUUUAAAGGCGUUUGCAUGCUGAAACUGUCCCUUGGUAGUCAUUUUUCACAGUUCCUUUUUGUCUCGUCUGCACAUAAAGGUUCCCAGGUGUGGUACCAUCCUGUCUUUGAAAAGUGAAAACUCUAAAUCUGAGCUCCCAGCAGCUCAGGCUUCAGAGAUGGUCUGUUGUUUAGAGUUUUUCCUCUCAAAACUUUAGAUUUGUCAGACCAAAGCUGUAAACCCCUUUAUAUUUCUGCUGCAAAGAUGGACAUUUUAAAGGGACAGUUCAGGGUUUUUUGAAUGAUUGUGUGAGGUUCUUGUAGAUAGUACUAUGGAUCCUGGUCAGCUCAGACCCUCUGUUUUAAAUCUGGUGAAAGAACUAACAGAGAUUUGAGUUAUUUUGGGUGAAGCAGGAAUUUAAAAAAUACUUUAUUUUGGUCUGUGAGAGUUGGUGUGACACUCAUCCUGUUGGUACACUCUGUAACAGUCUGAGUCUCUGUGUGGGCUUCAUCAUAAACCACCUGUGGAACGGUUAGACCACUGUGGCAAACGCCUUGGGAGGCAGCUCAGGAAUUUUUAAUCUGGACCUGACACCUGGAGCCUCUGCACACAUGUAUUCAUGUAAACUAGCUUUAACUGAUUCAUCAAUAAUCUCACUGCACCAGUCUCCAAAUGAGUGCCAACUAUGAAGCUGCCGCAUCUCCCACUGAACCACAAAGUUAAGCAACACACACUUCCUGCUGCAAAUGUUCUCAACUGCAUGUUGACUUGUUUUUGAACUUCCAGAAAACACAGUGUUGAAGUCAUUGUUAAGACCCUUUUGCAUGUAAGAUGUAGAUUUUGUUGGUAACUACUCACAAACUGGAGCCACUGAAAUAUUGAUGAAUGUUGGAUUACAUUAGACAAAUUCACACACAUUCAUUCUGCUUAUUUUUCAUAUAUAAGAUCUAAUGGUUUUUAGAGAUGAUUCUGGGUCUAUUGCUAAUUGCUAAUAUGAAGUCAAAUCUAUGAUAAUGGAAAAAUAAAAUCAACUGUUUGUCCAGUGAGGUUGGCAGAGUUGACAACAUAGAGCAGGAGAAAGUUAGUACAACAAAUAUAGGAGCAAAUUAGGAAUGCAAGCAGGGCACAAAUAAGAUGACCUGACACAUGAGGUUUGCAAGAUGUGCUACAUGAAAAUAAAAUACAGAGUAAAUAAACAAACAUAAAGGAAAGACAAAAAUUUAGCUGAAUUAGCCAAACAGUUCACAGAAUUGUAUAAAUCACAAUAUUUUGUUUCGCAAUAUUCACUGUAUUGAAAAAUGUUAUUUUUUAAUAAUCACAGUAAUACCCUAUAGUGACCCAAGGAAGUAAUAAUAUUGUAUCCUGGAGCCACUAGUGAUUCCUACCCCUAGUUUUUAAUGCAGUGUAUGAAAACCCUACACUGUUAAGCUGCUAAAAUCGUACAUCAGGCAAGGUAUAAACAGCAUCUCAACUUUGGAGUUGUGCACUGCAGCUAUUUCAGCCUGUUGGCCGAAGGAGGAGCAUCUCAAAACAUUGAUGUACAAAUGAGUCUGUUUGACUCUGAAUUGUGUGUAAAUAGAGCUCAGGUUCAGCUGGACUCCUCUGGUUGGAAGCUGGAGGAGACAAACUAGUGAAUAAAUUAACGACAAACACAUUAACGACGUGUUUCAGUCGGUUUCUGACAAUCUCUGAAUGUGAGGGUGCACUUGUUGGCCGUCUGUGUGCGUGUCUGCAAACACUGUAUGCUGCUUGUUCAGGCUGAAGAGAGGCUUCAUUGUGUGCAGAGGCUCCAGUAUUCUCUGCUGUAAUCUCCAGAAUAUGAACGAGGACAAAAGUGUCUCAGAGGUCCGUUGUCCUGUACGGCGUGCACACGUGUGGGCUGCAGGCUGCGUCAGAGGAGGGUGGCACUGAGAACAUGCCUGAGCCGUGUGACACACAGAGCGGCCUUAGUGCCGUGGUGACCUCACACUGCUGGUCUGCCAGCACGUGUGUUGUCGUGUUGAUGGCGUUUUGGUGUGUCUAGUGUGAUCGUCAGGCUUCACACUUGACCAAACACUCAGUGAUGAUUCAAUCAGGGCCUCACCUCAGCUUCCCUCACAGACAGAGUUCGAUUACAGUUACAGAAACCACAGACACCCUCAACACCUGCGCCUCAGUUUGACCCACAGAGGGACUAAAGAUCUCACUGUCACGGCUGUUAGUGUUUCUGCUGCUGCUGCAAGGCUGAUUUUAUCAUCAGGCAGGCAGGAAGUUAGCUGUGAUAGAUUCAUGGUGAUAGAAUAAAACAGAGUAGAUGUGCAGUAACAAGUACGAGAUGUACCAGGUAGAGUAGACCUUAUGUCACCUUAAGUCGGCUUUAUGAGGUAUAAAGAUAAAAAAGUGAACAGAAUAACAAAAAAUUUUAUCAUAAACUACACCAUGAGUUGAUUGACCUACAACAAAAACACACUCACUUCAGUGAAGAUGAGCAGACACUAUGAGCACAGUAAAAUAUAAACAUCCUGUCCUGAGAGUUUAACUGUACAUCAAACUGUUGCACAAACUGUUGCACACAUUAGUGUCCUCUCACACAUUAUUGGAAGGUAAAAUCAUGCGCAUGAAAUACAAAGAAAUGUUGGUACAUUAAAAUUCAUCCAUAUCUGUCAACAUAAUAAAAAUAUUUGAAAAUUUUGAACAUAAAAUUUUGCACAUAGGUGAUUGCACAUCAAAUUUUGCAUGUAUUCUUGUAAAAAAAAUGCAUCAAAUAUGUUUCACACUUGUGCAUACCCAAGUGCAUGUGGUCAUGUAAAUUUCGCACACAGUAUUGCACACGAAAAUUUAGCACAUAUUUUGGCACAUUGAUUAUUGUGAAGAUAAGUUUGCUUGAAUAACGCCACACUUUAAAGUCUUGCAUAUCUGUUAUUAGGGAUCAAUUUGACUCUUGACUUGACACAUUGAGAACUUAUAUUAUUGCACUUAAUGUUUUCUCUGGUCUGCAGAAAGUGAUGCAGCAGUAUUGUCAUGUUUUUCAGUAAGUAUAUCAGAGGUUAGAGGUUUUAAUCACUAUGGAGUUUUUAUGUGAUGGAAUUCGAUUUUUAACUUGCUUUGGAUUUUAAACUUCAGCUGUAUUCUGAGCCUCAUCUGUGAAUGAACAGCCUUCUGAGAUGAACCGGGAUGUCGACAAAAAAUACAAAACCGACCGCCAAGUAUGAUUCAAAUAGUUUGAAUCAUGUUUGUCGGUUUAAAUAGUUGAAAAAAUGAAACAGGAAAUAGAAAAAGCUUUUUCACACUGUAAAUAACACUGAGCAUCAUGCUUUGUAGAGUUUGAGGAAGUUGUUUUGCAUCACUUCUGUCACUUGUUGAUUCAGUGCAGAGUUUUACAGCAGCUGUAAACAUGCAGCAGUAGCAGCAGCGAGUGUUUGGAUCCCAGCAGAGCAGAAAGGACUCUUUAUACUCUCUGUGGAGGAAUUUCUGUUAUAGCCAGUUUCAAGUCUCUGCAAGAUCAUUUUCAGACAACAGUGAAAACACAGUUGAAGAUAAGGAAAAGUUAAUAGAAGUAACUCAUCUCAUUUUGUUAUCCCUGUUUGUCCUGUUUGUGUCCUCUGUGACAGCUAACAUGCAUGUGAAGAAAUUUAAGACUUCUGCAGAAGGGAAAGUGAAAGUUUAGACCUAAAAUUUGUGAUUAAAUUAUAAAUGAAACAUAUUGAUGCUCAGAAACAACAUGAGAGUUAGAUAAGCUGAUAUGAGAGAGGGUAACUUCUGCUUUCAGCGUCUCUUAUUUCCUCUGCUUUAAAGUCUCACAGUCACAGAUCGACCAGGUUCUUGUGUGGUUUUACAACAACUCGCUUCCUUCUCAUAGACACAUCGCUGUUGCAACCUCGGAAAACAUUUGCCCCCAAAAACCUGCAGAAAUAAACUGAAAAUGCAGACAUGUGAAUGCCAAAUCUGUGUUUUAUGGCCAAAAGUCCAGACAUCAGCCUGCAAUAAGAAGUUUCUCCGUAUGUUCCUACUGCAGCUCUGAAAAGUGCCUCAGUGUCUCUUAUUUGAGGUCUUACACUGUGUGUUGCAACGUAAAAAGUGACUGAAAUAGUUGUGCAAAAUGUGUAAUAAUAGAGCCAGACAGACGUUUCUGAGAAACCUCUCAGAGCAAUUUGAACUUUCUUAGUUUGUGCUGGAAACCAUCCUUGAGUCUGGCUCAUGUUAAAGUUAAUCAAUACACUUUUUGAUCUCUUUCUUUUUAAUCUACUGAGAUGAAACACACACACACAAAGCUGUCCUGUUUUAAUGCUGCACAUUCACUCCUCUAUGUUUGUGUCUUUCCAGUCGACCAGGUGAAGUUCAGGCCUCCUCUGAGGAAAGUCACUGAGCCUUAUCCUGAUCUGGUAAAGCUCUUUUUGUGUGAUCAGUAAAAACAUGAUCACACUCUGACAUAUGAUCAAAAACUGAGAUGUUGUUCCCUCUCAGCAGGGAUCUUAUGAGGAUGACUGGAGUCUGUCUGGAGAUGAAGAUAACUCUCCGUAAGUGUCCUCUCUGUUUCCCUCAUCCAUUUUUAAUCUGUUUAUAUAAAACUGUGAAAAUGUUUCAGGUGUGGAGGAAAUCUUCUUUAAAGUUUAUUGUCAGGAAAACAGUGCAGGAAAUGUCCCAAAAUCUUGUUUUUUUCACAAUGUAGACUGAUUAUUUUAAUGUUAGGGAGUAAAAGAUAACACACUCCCUGUGUCAUAUUAAACCAUAGACUGUAUAUAGAAUGGAUGCCGUCUGUCUCCUCGCUGGGUGAAGCCACUGUGAGAACAGCACCCUCUGUUGAUGGGCUGCAGUAUAGGUCAGAAAUCCCGCCUCUUCCAGCAAUCCCUAUGGAGCUAUGGACAAACUUUAGAAAUUUUUUACACGGAAUAUAAAAUUUUAUCCCCACAGGUUGCGAUGUUGACAUGUAGUUACAGUAAGACUGUUUUGUGCUCAAGUCCUCUUUUUUUCUGUACAGCUCCGUUUUUAAAAGCUAUUAGGGGGUUCAUGUUUGCUAUGAUUGACACUCGAUACAGCCUAUGGGCGUACAAAAAUUGUAUAGCUCCCCCGGGGGAGAAAAAAACGCAGAAUUACCAAGAGCUUUCUGGCUUCAAAUCUGUUUACUGGCGGAAGGCGGAAACAAGUUGUCCAUAGUAUAUACAGUCUAUGUAUUAAACACAUGACUGACACGAUAGCAAAAAGAAAGAAAAGACAAAAUAAAUCUAAAUUAAAACAAUAAAACAGCCAGUAUUUUACCCACAUGUCCUCCUAAAUCCAAAUCUCCUGUAGGAGCCUUUUGUUUUAAGUCAAGUUUGGUUAGAAAUUAAAAUCCUCAACUAUGCAAAAGAAGAAAGAACUUUUUGAAGAAAAUUUUGUCUUAUAUAAAUCAAGCCCAAGAGUUUUUAAUUCAGUGCUUCAUCCUGGACAAUAGUUUAGUUUUUCUUUAUAAAUUUCUGAGUUCGGUUCAGCUGAUUGAUUCUUAGUUUGUCUCCACGCUUCAAUCUGAGAAAAUAAGCUUCCCUUUUUAGAGUAAAUUCAAACUUAUUCUUGGGAAUUCUCCAUUUUUCUACGAAUAUUUUCUAUUUUCUAUAAAGUUUAUUUUAAAAAAAAGACAAAAGACCCCUGACUGUGAUAUUUUUUCAAUCCUAACGUAGUGAGAAACAUGCAAAGAGUGCAUCUCCAUCUGAGAUAAAUCAGGUUUUAGUCUCUCCAAACAUGAACUCGGACUCUAAGCAGUCUCCCAGUCAGACUCCAGCUCAGAUCUGGGGCCUCAGAGUCUCUCAGGCCCGUAGUCAGAUAAAUAUCAGGUCUUCCUGUUGCAGGAGCCUGUUGGAAUGUGUGGAACAAGCUCUGCAGCUCAGGUAGGUCCCACCUGUCAAACCCGGCCUCUCUAACCGCAGUGACCCCUCCCCCCACCUCACCUGAGUGUACCUGAGAUGACCUGCCUGUGAUUAUGUGUAGAUGAGCUCGAAUCAGAGUCAGUGGGUUUGUGUUGGCUCUCUGUUAAACCUAAAAGCUCCAGACUCUGUCAUAAUCUGGUUUUCUUUCAAACACAAACCCGCUGGUUCUCAGCUUUGUGGCCUUUUUUGUGUUUUCUGCUUUUUUUGAGGGUUUUAUUUCAGUUUAUUUGCUGCCGUGUGCCUCUUUCAGCAUCUUUAGCAUCUGCCUGUGUCGCUCAGCUUGUUGUUGUUGUUGUUGUUGUUGUAAAGCCCGAAAUCAAUCUCUUUAAAUAUCUCUACAUCUUUCUACCCUGAUCAGAACGUGUUGCUUCCUUGUCUUUCAGGAGUUUAACCAUCAGGAGGGCGCCAUCUACUGAUGUGAGUCUCACAUUACCAUUAAAGCUGUGUGAUGUUUGUAUUUUAUGAUUUCAUUAAAAGUUUGAGCUUGUGCCAUAACUCUGAGUAGAGUUUCAUUGAAGUAGCUUUUCAAAAUAAAAGCUUCCAAUUCUUUAAACAUUUUUUAGCUGUCUUGUUUUGAAAAACCACAAAGUGAGUUGUUGUUGAUGUUGUCAGGGUGGCAAGAAGAGCGGAUUAUUCAGUCCAACCACAGCCUCCCUGCCAGCCUUCAGCUCUUUAAGUCCAAACUCAGAGGACAACAAAGACCUGACACUGAGACCCAGCUGCACCCUGGGGCCUGACUCCGCCGUCACUGCUGAUUCCACCUCCACUACAGGUGACAGUAACAUACAUCACUGAGUCACAGUCCAACAUAAUUACGCUGCCAAGAGAGAGACAAGCACUGUGAGACUUUCCUUUCACCCUACAGAGCAACUCAGCCAAUGAUAGAGCCAAUGUCAAAGUAAAAAUACCAAGUUUCAUUGUUUAAGUGUAAAGUUUCUGAGUGUUGGUCUCGAGUUUCAAGGUGGCAGUCCCAAGUUUUAGAGUGAUAGAGCCAAAUUUAAAAGGGAUGGCACCAAUUUUUAAGUAUAAAUGACAGUUCCCAUUGCUAAAACAGGAAGUGGUUUGGCAGAAUCCCAGUGCCAUGCUGCAUAAAGGGAAAGGAUCAAAUAGAAGGGCUGAUGUAAAGAGCCCAAAAGUACAUCCGAGUGGUUUAGCCUAGUGGUACAGUCAGAGGAAGGGUCAAAUGAUUGGGUCUGUAGGAAAGGCCUUGUGGUAUUGCCAAGCUAGGCCAAGGUAGGAGGUGACAAAAGGUCAAAGUAAGUGCCAAUGGGAAGGUCCAGGUGAUAUAACCAGGUGGUUUGACUAAGUUAUAAGGCCAAGCUGAAGGUCCAAAGGUAGGCCAAAAUGGUUGGACCUAUUGGUGUUGCCAGGCUAAUAUGGAAAAACUAGAUGGGAGGAGAAAGGUCAUAGUUAAAUGGUGGGCCAAAUUGCUAGGUUAAAUGAGAUGCAGAGGGAGCAUGGUCGAGUAUCAGGCCCAAGACGUACAGACCAGUUGGUUUGCCCAGAAGAAAGGCCAAGUAGUCAAGCCCAGGAACAGGACCAAAAGGUAGAGCCAAGUGCAAAAUUAAAGUGUGUGGCAAGAAAAAAAAACAAGCUGUAAACCCCCAAAGAAGGUAAAGUAACUUUGGCUGCACUGAAAGUCAAAUGGUAGGGCUCAGUGGUUGGACCAAGUGGUAGUGUCAGAUAUUAGAAUCAAGUCCAAGUACAAUGUGGAUCAGCUUGGUAGAGGAACAGAGGAAUCAGUCUAGUCCAUGUGCAAGCACAAAGAAAAGACCAAGACAAGGGCCAAGUGAUCAGGUCUAGCAGAGUAGUUGGACCAAGCUGUACAAUCAGCCAGGAGGUAAAACAGGGGAAACAGCCAGGUGGUCAAAUGAUGCAUCCACGUCACGUGUCAGAUCAAGUUGAUCUGCCACAUGACUUGAACUAGCUUCUUCUAGUUAUUGUAGAGUAAGUUUAUAUGAUUAAAAAUGUUGAAAAACAAGGUUGUAUGGCCUGAAGCCACUAUCUUGAAACUCAGUCUCAGUUUCUGGAUCGACAGCUGGGUCUGAAUGAUCAGAAAGAACAAGUGUCAUGUUUUAACACAUUGUAAAUCUGAUUAAUUCUGCUGAAAUAUGAUGACACAUCCAGAUGAUCCUUAUUAGUGUGAAAUUAAAAACAGUCCGAUUUAUUAGAUGUCGAAGCCUUUCGCCUCAGCUAUAGGUUGAAUUUAGGUUUUUAUGCACUUCCCUACGUUGGACACAAGAGGCAUCAUCUCCUCAGUUAUGGACCUACAGACACCUUGCAGGUAUGUAAAUGGAGACAAGGCCUUGUUAGUCACGGUUUUGGUCCUUUCUCUUGUGUUUUAAGUAUUAUCCAGGUGCACAGCCACACAGGACAUCAGACAGCGCUGCGGUGACCCACGUCUGCCUGCAGGGGACGCUGUUACGUCAGAGAAAAGGCGGGUCACACCUGUUACCUCUCCGAAAAGAGAGACCCCACUUUCACCUGAGUGGAGCACGCUGAGGAGGAAGACUGAGGACUCUGUGAGUUCACCUCACCUUAAACAUCAGUGAGCCUGUGUGGUUUGCUAACCGAAUAACGUCCUAAUGAAUCAUGUCUAAAGAUGCUGAUUUUACUUCAUCUGAUGUCAGUUUUUGUCAUCCCUUGUGUUUUGUUGUGUGUAACCUUUGACAUUUCCAGAGGGCUGCCUGUCAUGGACUCCCUCCUACCCCUCAAGUCCAUGUAAGUGUGAAACCUAACAGCAUGUAACCUUCAACAAAAGCUGACCUACAUGACUAACACCUCCUCACUUUGCAUGACACAGGAGAGAGAUCUCCACCUGAAAUCAGACUUAUGUUAAAUCAAACUCUCUGACUGUCCUGAGCUUUAGUGAUGAUGCAUUUUCUGCAAAAUUCAGUCUGAUACUAAGAGCACCUGUAUGGCCUCAGAGCUGUAUCGCUGUGUUUUGGUAUUUGGAGCCACCAGAGUGCAACUUUUCAGAGUCUAAUUACUUUAAUUAUAAUAAUACAUGUUGUUGAACUAAAACCAAAUUAAAGGGUCAGUGCUGCCCAGUCAGAUCACUUCUGAUUAGCUUGCUGUGCUGCAGAUGGGAGCCUGUUUCUCCAAAGUCUUCAACGGCUGUCCUCUUCAGAUCCACUGUGCUGUCACCUGGAUUUUACCCAAAACAAGAGGUAGGAUCAUCAUUUAUGAUUCAUUCAUCACUGGUGCAGACUUAAGCUUGAAAACAGGAAGUCAGUGAUGCUAAUCCUAAAUGGGGCCUUUAAAUAGACUGGCAUGUGUCAGGAGGAUAUUUGACUGAAUCAUUGCAGCUUUAGUUCAUUAAAGGGAUAUUCCGGCGUAAAUUUAAGUUGGGGUCAAACACACCGCAAACGCAACUCUUGCACAUUGAGAACAUAGUAGGUACCAGUUUAAUGAAAGGAGGAAUGAGUCCAUUAAGUACAGCAUUCACAGUUUUACAGAUUUGCCCUUUAACAUCUCUUUUCUCUUCUCUCAGAUCAGUACCUUAUUCUCGGUGCAGAGGAGGGAAUCUACUCUUUAAACCUAAAUGAACUUCAUGAAGAUACACUAGAGAAGGUAAGGCGGUGCAUCAUCAAGUGUUUUAUAAAAACAGGGAAGCAGAUGAAACUGUUUGACAUGUUUCACUUGUGAUAAGCUCACUGUCAGUCCUGUGUAUAUGAUACAUAAACUUUAAAAGACACAAGUCUGAGCUGUGACCUGUUAGCCCUUUCCCAAAGUUUGUAAUAAAGUAUUAUUUACAAGAAUAAAGUCGCAAUAAAAUCAUUACUCAUGGGAAUAAAGUCGUAAUAAAGUAAUUACUUACGAGAAUUAAGUCUUUAUAUUCUAACCUGUUGUUUAAGAUGACAGUUGUUGAAAUAAGAGCCAUGGAGCAUUUUGUGAAAAUGUAAAUAUAGGUUUCUCAAAAAAGGAGAUGCUUAAUCCUUUGUCACGUCAGCACCACAUUAUCAUAAGUACCAUAAUGAUUUUAUUACAACUUUAUUCUCGUAAAUUAUUCUAUUACGACUUUAUUCUCAUAAGUAAUUACUUUAUUACAACUUAAUUAUCGUAAAUUAACGGCUUCAAUCUCGAAGUCUUGAUCUUUUUUUUCUUAAUGUGGCCCUAAUACUUCGUCUUAAUAGGCAGACCAAACUAACUGUCUGUUUUUCAUUUCUGAUCAUACGAGCAGACAAUCAAAGAUUAUUAUAAUUUAGAUGAAAUCAGACUGAAAGAGUUAUAUCAUGGUGCCUCAUCAGUCUGUAAUCACCUCCUCUUUUCUGAUAAAUCUGAUUGAGGCUCUAGGUUUAUUAGCAUUCAGAGCAGGGAAGUGAGAUGCACUCAUAAGUGGUCUCUGGAGAUGCAGGAUUUGGCUCAUGGCUCAGAGCUGUUCACUUGUGAUUAGAUCAGCUGGAUCGAAUCACCUACACCAGGUAGAAACAACACUGCCUUGAUGAGUAUGAGCUGAUAAUCUUUUUGUCUACAGCUGCUCCCUCAGAGAUGUACGUGGCUGUACGUCAUGAACAACGUGCUGAUGUCUGUAUCAGGUAACAAAAAUCUUUGAAGUCUCACGUUUGUCAAAGAGCUGAAUAUGAUCCGCUGAACCAAGACGGUCUCUGUCCUGCAGGAAAGUCCUCCCAGCUUUACUCGCACAGUCUGACGGCUCUGUUUGAACAGAGAGGACAUCUGCAGAAGAGACACGGCAGUCUGUCUCUGGGCACCAACCGCUUCACUGAGAGGAUAAGCACCAGGUCAGGAGAUAUGCCUGGAAACCUCAGACAAUUCACGUAAAUCUCAAAGCAGUUAGUUUUUUUGCACAGCCUCAAUGCAAAGACUUAAACACACCUGCACGGGAAUGAUUUUUUUUGUCUUGAAAGUCCAAAAACUCUGAGAUUCUUAGGCUGUAUUUAUUUUGCAUCAAAAGUGUAGAUCCAAACUCAACCAGUAAACAUGCAACUUGAUAGCUGAUUGACUCUCACCUUGCAGACAGACCUGACAAAUUGGGAAUUUUGACUUAAAAACAAAUCUACAUCAUGAUCUCAUCAUUUCAGCUAAUUUUUAGCUUCUUCCAGUCAGCUCUGAGUACCUGGAAGCUGACAGGAAAGUUCAUGCAGACACAGUUCAUGAAGGAGGAGAGGAGAUAAAUCGAGAAAAGUCUUGGGGAAGAUUUUAACCUGGAUUUUUGUCUUCGUUUAGACAUACCUGGCCAGACAAACAUUUUCCAAUCCUGUUUGAUAGAAGUGAUAUACGUCUGGAAAAUUUUCUUAAUUUAUUAAGAAACAUCAGAUGGUAGUUUGCAGUUGGAGUGAUGGUUAAGCUAGUUGUUAUUAUUCCUGUUACCACUAAAGGCAGACAUCUUUAAACCUCCUCAGAGUGGCCUUAAAGGACGGCUGGUACAGUUGUAUUUGUUGUGUUUUUAACUAAAUCCUGUUUUCUCUCUCAGCCAAAGGAAGUUUGCCAUUUCUGUGAAGAUCCCCGACACUAAAGGCUGCAGGAGAUGUAGUGUAGGUAAGUGACAAGGAAUUUCCUCCUCAUCCUCUGUAUGCUUUAUGUUAGAGGCAAUGUACAAUGAGGAGGUUGUCUCUUUUCAAUCAGUCUUCUUCACAGCAACAGUCUGCAGUCCUGAAAUAGCAAACCUUCAAACAGUUCAAUCAAUCAAUCAAUCAAUCAAUCAAUCAAUCAAUCAAUCAAUCAAAACUUUAUUUAUAAAUAGCUUUUCCUGUGUAACACAAAGUGCUUUACAGUUUAUUAAAACAGUCACACGUCCCUUCACCCAACCCCCACUACAAUACAACUGGCAUUCAACAGUCACAUCAAGGCCACGCACACCCACACACCUGCAGAAUACAGACGAACCAGUUGAUUUAAGAGUUGUCAUGCAUUGGCCAAUCAGAAUCAAGUAUUUCACAGACUCUGACUCUCCGUCUCUUCUCUCUCUCAGCCAGAAACCCAUAUACAGACAGCACGUUUCUAUGUGCUGCUGUUCCAUCUGGUUUAGUCCUGCUGCUGUGGUAUGAGCCUCUGCAGAAAUUCAUGCAUCUUAAGGUUUGUGCAGACAUGAAAGACUUUAAAUGGUUAGAAAUCUGGUGAGAUUUGGUCCAGAGAGUGUUUGAUUGUUUGACUUUUUACUUGUUUUAAUACAGAGAAUCGUUCUUUACGUCAUGCAGUGAAUAACAAAUGUAGAAAUCUUUCGUUUUCAGUGCAGAACAAACUUGCUUCCAAUAAAACAUAUUAUACUGUAAACAUUGUUUUACACAUCUGGUAAAGUACAAUGUGACUUGAACAGAGAAAUGCAAACUGCACAGGAAGAAAACACUUUGAAUGUCCUUUUAGAAAAGUGAGUGUUGGAGUGGAAAUGCUAAAUAUACAUUACGUUAUUCUGGUAUAGUAAUGAUUCCUCUCAAUGGGAUUCAUGACACUCAAUAUUAUUUUUUGUCAUUUCCCUUCCACUAUGAACUUAAAGUAAAUUAAAAUAUUAGUACACCAAACAAUGAAAUAAAGACGAGGAACCAGAGCGAGAAGGAAAAUUCAAAACAAAAUCAGGAUUUAGUUUUUUCAGAUGAAGAGAAUAAGCUGGUAUAAAAGUGGACUUUCCACACAUACACCAGUGUAUCAUCAGCAAAGAUGAAAUAAGGUUGAACAACAUCAUUUUUUUUCUGAUCUGUGAUAUAAAAAUACCUUUAAAUACAUUUUUGCCAAAUGGCCAACUGCUGACAAAUACAUUUUCUUCAUUUGUUGUUAAAACCACAAAGUCCCCCCUGCACUGAUUUUACAUGUUAUAAUUGUCCCAUUCAUGUUGGUUUAUUUUAGACUAAUUAUAAGGUGCAGUUUUGGGUUUUCGUCCUAUCAUGUUAUACAUCCAACUUAGAUGGUGCAACCUUACCUCCAAUAAACCGAUCAACCUCUGAGUGUCCUCUCUGCUUGUGCUUUCAUCCGUUCACCAUGCAGCACAUACCGGUCAAGCUGCCCGACUCUCUGCCCAUAUUUGAGCUGCUGGUGUUGGUGACGGACGAGUUUCCUCAGCUGUGUGUGGGAGUCAGAGACUGUCUAAACGGGAAACGUCCUGUCGGCCAACAGCUCCAGUUUGAUAUCGUAGAGCUGAACAGCUCGCCUGUUUCAUCACCAGGUAGGAUGGAUUCUUUAACCGUAUUUAACUAUCAGGGGAACUGAAGUAACUGUAACCUGAGCCAAAUUUUCACCUAUUUUAAAGUUUGAUUGAAUUAGUGCAGAAGUUUGCGAAGAACUUCCAUGGAUUGGUUUAAUGUUUUGCAGGAAAACAGGCUAUAAUCAAUCAAUCGAUCAAUCAACUUUAUUUCUAUAGCACAUUUAAAAGAACCACAAGGGUAGCCAAAGUGCUGUACAAUGACACAUAAAAACAAAUAAAACAAUCAAAGAACAAGAUAAAACGAGCAGAAAUACAUCAAUGCAAAAGAAUAAAUAAAUGUAUAAUGGUGGUAAACCCUCCAAACCCCCAAACCCUGGUUUCUGCAGUUAAAAAUCACUUCAACUACUCCAAUCCAGCUCCUGAACUCUGUCAGGUAAAGUUAACAGAAAGGUGUGUCUCAGUUAGGGAUCCUUUCUGAAACGAUGUCAGACACUGACUGGAGACUUCCACCAGCUACAGCCCAGGCACUCUGGAUCUCUUAGCAGCAGAAAUGCAGUUUCUAUUCCUGCCGGUUGCUGGAGCAUGAAGCAUCAAUCAGUUGUGACAGGUGAGACAGGCAGCCCGGCGCCAAAACAUAAAACAUCAGAAUAAAACACUCAGCUGUGGUGCAAGAUCAUAUUUCAUACAACUGCAUCAACAAAACAUCAUAAUGAGCAGAGCCGGGUCUGGAGCCGACAGGGCAGGAGGGGGUUUCAAAGGCCUGAAUCAGGAGCUGUGGCAGAGAGGUCACUCAAUGCACCUGCAGCCAGUGGAAGUGAGAAUAUCAAUCAGAGCCUGUUUCACUCCUGCUGACUGAAGAAAUCAAUCCAAGUAACUUCAACACUUUAGUGACUUUGAGUCAGUGAAACCCUCAAAUAUCUGGAAAGACUGACAGUUUCAGCAUCAUCCCUCAAAGCUUUGCCUUCUUCUCCCUGCAGACGGUGGAGCUCUUACUGCUGCACAGGUAACCCAGCUGGACAGAGACACCGUCCUCAUCGCGUUAGAGAGUAAGUCAGUCCCGUCCAUCUAACUCAUGUUUGUAAACACUGAUUUAUACCAAACUGUGACUCAUCUCCCUGGCUUCUGAUUGGACAGAAACUGUGAAGAUUGUAAACCUUAGGGGACUGCCAUCCAAAGAUCUCGCUGCUGAGAUGGUUUUUGACUUUCCUGUUGAAACUCUGGGUAAAAUUUAACCUUAAAAACGAACAGAGUGAAUGAUAUUUAAAGUCAGUGCUAACAGUUUGAUUGACAUGCUGUUUUUUUUAUCAGUCUGUUUACAGGACAGCGUGCUGGCUUUCUGGAAGCAUGGCCUUAAAGGACGAAGUUUUCAUUCAAAUGAGGUAAAAAGAAACAAGAUUAAUCAAUGACCGGACUGAUGUCGUCUUUUUCACCCACUUUGAUCCAUAUUAAUAUGCUGCAUGUUUGAUUCAUCUCAUCCUGCAGGUGACUCAAGAAAUCACAGACGAAAGCCGAGCAUUCAGAGUUCUGGGGACAAACAGGUACGUUAGCACCUACCUAACCUGUUAGUAGAGGGAUUUUAGUUCGAGAAUAUGCUAGUUCCAGUCCUCCAUAAUGACCUCCAGCUCCAGUGGUUGGUGAUCUGAGAAGUGUUUGUGUCUCUGUAUGAAGGUCAGCUAACAAUCGGUCUUCAGCGUCACUGAAGACAAUCAGAGUUUAGAUUUACGGACUUCACUGAAUGGAUCAGAAAUGAUGGAUCUAUUCAACAAACAAACAUUUUCAAAGUAGUGUUCUUCUUCUCUUGAGGACAGACCUGACAAAACUGGACUAAUCUGCAUCAUGAUGUUAUUAUUUCAGCAAACCUGUUAAUGAGGAGAACAUCACAAGAACAUCAGUUUCUGGAGGGUACUAAAACCCACAGAAAGGGAAUUACCCAUCUUUAUACUCUGUUUGUGAUAAUAUUGAUAAUAUUUGAUUUUUUUUUUUUUUCAAAGAGAUAAAGAUGAUGGUUAAUGAAUAACUGUGGCCGAAAAUCUCCAAACUGGGUGUUUAUCCCAACACUGAAUGUUACUUUGGUAGUUUGUUUCUUCACUCUGGGUGAGCUUUAAGUCUCGUCUGAUUCUGUCAUUUUCAGGGACAUCAUCCUGCAGAGCACACCAACAGACGAGCCGUCAGCUCUGAGUAACCUCUAUAUCCUAACUGGACACGAGAGCAGCUACUGAGAGAAAACAAAGGGUUAACUUCUUCAAAAUCACACUGAAGAGAAAUCUGAUCUCUGAGACUGUUUUAGAACUGAUUCCCUGUUUUACUGAAGCUGCAGAAGUACAAACAGAUUACUCAUACUGUCUGCUAUGGAAGCCUGUAGGGGACAGAGUUAAAGAGAUGAUGUGAACUGGAAAAUACACAUCCUUAAAGGCAGUGAGUAUUUUUUUUUAUUGCUGCAAAGAUUAAAACUAAAAUGCCAAAAUGUUAUUUCUUUUCUUAUUUCCACAAAUUAGUAAUGGCUUUCUAUCAUAUCAUAGAAUGUCAAGUUAAAGCUCCUGUGAGAAACCCUAAUGUCUGUGUUGACUUUGGUGCCCCCUAUGGUCAAAAUGAUACAACUCAACUUUGUGUUUUCUGGUUAAAAAAAAAUCUUCUCACAGUUAAAAGAAACAUUUACUAAGAAUAUUUCCCUUUAAAAAGUAAAACAUUUGGCCUGUUGCAGCUACAGGAAUUAAAUAUUAUAAUAUAGAAACUUUUAAUCCUAGUUCACUUUUGAGGUUUUAAAAAACUUCAAUAUUGUUUUCAGUCUGUUUCAGAUCCACCAGAAACUCUUAAGAGGGGCUUUAAAAUUAAAAAUCUGUCUAAAUACAAAACCUCCACUUAUCAUUUGACCUAAAAAAUUAACUUACUUUUUCAUUUUCAGUGAUUCAUGAGUUUCCAUACAACUAUGUGGAAACAAACCCGAUUAUUACAGUGUACAAUGACAUGUGGGAGUUAUAAUAUAGGUGUGAAAUGUAAGUUUGCAUUAUCCUUUUAACCUUGUCUCCGGUAGGCUUCCAUAAGUGCAGUAUCUAAGUUUUAAUAAGGGAUUUUAGACGCCUGUCUUUAGUGUAAGUUUUUAGAAACAUGUAAAAAGGAGAUGUGCAAACAUGCUAAAUGUGUUUUUAAUUCUUCCAUUCUAAGCUGCAAAUGUAAAGUUUUCAUUCAGAUAGAGUUUCUCCAGCCUAAACUCAAAUGUAGCUACAAAAGGGGAAAGCUGGAUUCAUCAGUCUGCUUGUCUCAGAAUAGAAAAUGACUGCAAAGGGGUGGUUGUCAUAUCUGUGACUGCACAAAAGUAUCAGAGUUUAUACGUUUCAAAACUCCAACCUGAUAUCACUGUCCGCUGCCAUCAUUCUGUCAGACAAAAGAAAGGGAUGCAUGAUUUUACUAGCAUGACAUCGGUAUCAGAUUAUGAAGUUAUAAAAAUAUAUCUGCAAAUAUUACAGUUUCUGCAGAUGAAAUUAUCAACCAAAAAGUUAAUGCAUUAAUAAAAAGUGGUAAUUUUACAAAAAUGAAUUCAAAGAUUUUUAGUAGAAUAAAGUCAUGAGUGAAAAAUGUGAGGAUUGAGUGAGUGACAGAAAAUGCAAUAAUUUUAUUUUUAGAGUUAAAAUUUCAUUACAGUAAAGUUGUAAGAUUAAUAGAAAGAAAAACUGUUGAAAUCCUUAAAGAAAAAGUUGUGGUCUGAUCAGAGUAAAGUUAUAACAAUACCAUAUAAAUGUUGUAAUUUAACAAGACCAGAAUAGUAAGAAAUAAAGUUUUUUGUUAGAAAAAAAAAUUAAUUUGAUUAGAAAAUAUCAUAAGAGAAGAAAAGCAGAUAUUUUACAAGAAUAAAGCUGUUGAAAAUGAAAUGAAAAAAUUAAGUAUCAGGAUGUAAGGGAAAAAAGAGGGAGAAAUCAUUAAAAAGGAAAAAUUUUAAUUUUUAUGAAAAUUGUAUAUUUACAGGAACAAUCUUAUAGAUUAAUCAGAUUAAGGCUUCACAGUUUAUGAGAAAUAAGCUUCAGUCAUAAAUUUCAAAAAUUAAUAAAUUUAUGGGAAUAAAGAAGUUUAAUGAGAAAGAUAUUUAUAGUGUGUAGUUCAUUCACAUAAGGACUGUCACAGUAUACCACCAUUUCUGAAAACUGUCUUCAUAUGAAAAUAACACCCUAUUAUGAUGAUGAAAAUUAGUGAAAGUUAACUCCUUGAGCUUAUGGUAGCUGUGGUUCCUUUAGACUGUUAUCUGCCUCAAUUAAAGAGACAACAAGCUAGCAAGUUAGCUUUAGCAUCCCUCUGAGAGAUGAUUCAGCACUUUUAAAAACUGACAUUUAAGAGUCUAAAAUCAAUGUUUGAACUUGUGUCUCUUCAGGUAACUAAUCAAUUAAAAGUUUAUACUCUCUGACCAUAACCAUUUUUUUUUCAGUUUGUGACUUAUGAUCCACCAAAAGCAGUGUCCUUCAAAAUAAAAACAUAAUAAACAAUCAUUUAUUGAGGCAACAGCUUGAAGAAGUAAAGACAUUUCAGCCACAGAGCUGGAGAUGGGGAUAAUUAAUCAUCAUCAAAAUGAAUGAUGAUUUUUCUUUCUAAUUUAUGCCUUUCUUGCGGGAAUAUCUUUAUUUUUUGUCUUUAUUUUCUUCUAUAACAUGAACCAAACACUCUUGUCAUCCCAAACAGGGUUUUUCUGUAUUUCUUUACAUACACCAUCUCAGAUUGUCAGCCUGAAUAUUCAAGUGUAUUACUGAGACAUUUUAUCAAAUGUAUUUACAGAAUAUAUCGUGUUACUCUGAAAGUUUUGAAGAUGUUUUUGCAUUGCAGCGUUUCCAUAAUGUUUAGAGAGAGCUGAGAUUAUGUGAAUAAGAUGUUUAGCAGGCAUUGUCUGUGAUCCAUAAGUGCCAUAAACAGGCUUAAGUUGUGUAUCCAUCUCUUCUAUAAAUUACCCUGUUUACAGAGAGACUAAAAAUGCUUCUGAUUCCAUGAGGUGCCAUAAAACUGGAUACAUUUACACCUGUUUGUCUGACUAAAAUGUAAACUCCACUACACUAGAGCUUGUGUGUGAUGAUAUUUAUAAAAAAGGGAACUGUAUGAUUAACAUAUUCCCCUGAGACAUACUUGAAAAACAUGAUAUGCAUAUGGAUAUUUGAUUUUUUAAGAUGAUUUUAUUGGUAUUUGUGUGUAAAUUUGAUGUAUAUAACAAUUCUGUAUGCUUUUACAGAAUUUAAUGGGUUGUAUUAUGCAAAAUAAACAUUUUAAUAUCUCUG